AAUUCUUCCAUCUUUAGACCCUGACAUCGAUGAGAAGCAUCAAGGUCAUAUACUGUAAGUCGCAAAUACAGAAUGAGCUGGACUGCAAAGAAGGACAUUGUCAUACUUGUCAUUUCGCUCUUUGGCUUUCAAGUGUCCCAGAGUUGGGAGACGCAUGAAUGGGGAGGGACAUUCACUCAAGAGACCAUCUGCGGUCUGACAGGAACCACAGUGACCCUCACCUGCUCCAUCUGGUACCCACAAACGCAUGAUGGCCAAAUCAUCAAGGUCAUAAAGGGACUGUGGUACACCAAAGUUUACAACGGGCAACCUGAAGAUCUGACGAUGGACCCUCAAUACUCUGGUCGUCUAGACCAGAGGAACUGUCACGGCAACUUGUGCACUUUGUCAAUCAAAGAGCUGAGAGAGAGCGACCAUGGAACCUACAAAUUCAGAUUCAUAACUAACGUGGACGGUGGAGAGUACACUGUCAAAACCGGAGUCACUCUGGAUAUGACUGCUGCACAGGUGCAUGUGAUCAAGGCUGUAGAGAGAGAUUCUUACACGCGCGCUUCACUGUCAUGCCACACAAGCUGCACUCCUGCAACUUCUUUGUCUUGGUGCUGGAAGCGAACACCACGAAAUGAUGACUGUUUAACUCGCCAUUGGACAAAAGAAGUGGAAAUAUAUUUACGUCCAGGAGAAUACAUCACCUGUGCUGUUGAAGGAUAUCCAUUAAGUGCGUCUCCUCCACUGUAUGCUCUGGAAGCCCCCAGGGUGUUAAGUACAAAAGAUGAGAUCAUGGAGGGGGAUUCACUGACUCUUACUUGCAGAGAUGACACCCCAACAUCAUCAGGACACCGCUGGUGCAAGAAGACUGGAACUUCAGACUGUGAGGUCAUGAGUUAUGGAGAAUAUCUGUUCUUCAGCUCCAUCCAGUCUUCAGAUUCAGCUGUGUAUUGUUGUGUCGUGGAGAAUGAUCUGGGGGAGAAGAUGUCGCAACCUUUCGUAAUUGAUGUAAAAUAUGUUCCUCGCCUUCCAAGCAUCUCAGCAAUACCCUCCUCCAACGUCAGAAUGGGUUCUUCGGUCAGUCUGACAUGUAGCAGUGAUGCUAACCCUGUCGCUAGCUACUUUUGGUCCAAGGACAACGAGGAGUCGCCUAAUUUUACGGGGGCCGUGUUAAACAUCAUCAACUUCCAACUACACAACGAAGGCGCAUAUCACUGCGAGGCCCGAAACUCCAGGGGAAGCCAGAACGCCACACUCCUGCUUCAAGCAGAGAAUUUUAGGUCAUGGUCACAAGGUGCUCUCACAGCGGUGGUUGUGCGUUGCGCCACAGUUGGCAUCGUGCUCAUCCUGCUUUCAGUCACUGUCCUCCUGUUCUGGAAAAAGACCACGUCGAAAGGCAGGAUGCACUUAUCUCAGCCAAACACAAGUGAAGACAGCAGCAGGGAUCAACUGGAGGAGCUGGUGGCAUUCUCCGAUCCCUCUCCAAUCCACGCCAAUGUCACCAAUGACAAAACGGACCAGGAUGAGAAUGAAUACGAAAGUGUGGUGGACACAGUCAUCAAAUGUGGUGGCGAAGCCUCAGGAUGAGUUCUGCAUCCUUCUUUUUCCUCCUCUUUAAACAUAAUUUAAAUGACUCUUAUUUGCCCAGAGCGGGGGUCAGCAACCCAUGUUUUGAGAGCCGCAUGCGGCUCUUUAGCACUGCCCUAGUGGCUCCCUGGAGCAUUUUCAAAAAUGUUUGAAAAUUGACAAAGAUGGCUGAGGGAAAAAUAUUUUUCUGUUUUGAUAUGGUUUCUGUAGGAGGUCAAAAACGACCCAAACAUUCUUAACAUUUUCCAAUGCUGUAAAAAUGUGGUAAAAAUAAUUUUCACUGUAUGUACUAAAAUUCUAUUAUUGUUUUUCCUUUUAAACCAUUUUAAGGCAAAAUGGUUCUAAAAUGGUUUUAUGUCUGUUAAGUUUCAGCUUUUUCUUGUUGUUUUUUACUUCUUUUUUUUUGUACUCAAAUGCAAUUACAGUAAAUGCAUUUUUAAGGCGCUACCUAUAUGAAUAUGUGUGUAUUACUUGAUCCAGCCUUCUACAAAAUUCUGUUCAAAUAAGUAUCUUUUUGGGACAUAUAUUUUUAUGAUUAUAUGUGAUUAAAGAAAUAAACCAUAAUAAAGUCUCAAAUUAAGUUGCUUUAUCUACCCCAUUUCCCCCCAGGUUUUUCCACAAACAUUUAACCACGCAAAAAUGUGUGAUUGGU